AAAGAAUCAGCCAUACAAUUUGCCUUUCGAUAGACAUGGACGAAAGAGUGGCCACCAAUUUAUCUCUUUUCCCUGCACAGCCCAAGCUCCCAUUUCCAUUUCUCUUUCUCUCUUCUCCACUAUUUUGAAGUGGUUUGCAGGUAUAUAGUUAGCAGAAGGCAGAGAUAAUGACGAAGGAGAUGAGAUGGCGGUGGUUUCGUUCGAUCAUUUUAGCGGCGGCGAUGAUGGUCAUUUGUAGUGCAGAGAGUGGGACUAAAUCUGACGUUGGAGAUCCGGGAAUGAGGAGAGAUGGUUUGAGAGUAGCAUUUGAGGGAUGGAAUCAGUGCAAUGAGGUUGGGGCUGAAGCACCUUCCAUGGGUAGCCCAAGAGCUGCUGAUUGCUUUGAUGUCAUCCAAUUAGCUAUUGGGGAGCCUUACCAUAAACUGAUACACAAGGUGCCGGAGAUCGACAAUAGGCUUGGUGUCGGGAUCCCAUUCCCGGGCUUGCCCCCUCGCUUUCUCUACAACGCCAACCUCUAUGCUUCAGCAAAGGAGCUCUUCCUUGGCUACAAGUGCCAGGUCGUCGACUUCCCAUCGUUUGCCAAUCAACCCUGGCAAUUCUGGAUGAUCAUGUUGAAAAAUGGAAACUACGACAUGACCUCCUCGCUUUGCCCAGAGAACGGACGCAGGAUUGGCCCCAUGAAUCAGACCUCGAGGUUCCCAUGCUUCGAGAAAGGCUGUAUGAACCAACCUCUGCUCUACCACAACUACACUGCACUGGAUAGGCCUCAAGGGACACUCAUGAGAGGAGGAUUCUAUGGGAGUUAUGAUCUUGAAAUGGCCUUUGAUAAAAGUAAUUUGGGGAAAGUGAACACGUCGUUCUACUCGGUGACGUGGGAGAAGGAAAUUGGGAAGGGGGGCUGGAAGUUCCACAAUGUGCUUCAGACAUCUGACAAAUAUCCGUGGCUCAUGUUGUAUCUCAGGGCUGAUGCCACAAGGGGCUUCUCUGGGGGUUACCACUAUGAUACCAGGGGAAUGCUUAAAAUUCCUCCACAGUCACCAAAAUUCAAGGUGAAGGUGACCCUAGAGAUAAUUAAAGGGGGAGGACCAACCAGCCAAUUCUACCUGAUGGACAUGGGCAGCUGCUGGAAGAACGACGGAAGGUCGUGUGACGGGGACAUCUUAACAGACGUCACAAGGUACAGUGAGAUGAUAAUCAACCCAAACGUCACUGCCUGGUGCCAUGCCGACAACCUCAACGUGUGCCCCCCAUGGCACACUUUUGCUAAUGGGACCCGAGUUCACCGCAACGACACUAAACAAUACCCUUACGCUGCCUACCAUGUCUACUGCACUCCUGGCAAUGCUCAACAUCCGGAAGAGCCAUACAAUUUUUGUGACCCCUAUAGCAAUCCGCAGGCACAAGAGAUCUUACAGAUACUUCCUCACCCUGUGUGGGGAGAGUAUGGGUACCCUACCAAGCCUGGGCAAGGGUGGAUCGGGGACCCCAGGACCUGGGAGCUUGAUGUAGGGAGGCUGUCGGACAACCUCUAUUUCUACCAGGAACCGGGAACUCCUCUAGCCAAGCGGAUAUGGACGUCUCUUGACUUGGGAACUGAGAUUUAUAUUAGCAAGAAAAGUGAAGUUGCAGAGUGGAUAGUCAGUAACUUCGAUGUCAUAAUCUCGGAGUCCGAGUCCCCUACCAAACCAUGAUGAAUGCCUUAAAAGCCUCUCUCUCUCUCUCUCUCUAC